UUCAUUUUUUUUCUCUAAUCACAAAACAAUUUUCUCUUUCGCUUCUCAUACACUUCCCGGAACCUUCUCUUCUCUUCUCUUCUCUUCUAUUCACUCCUCACCAUGCUUUCUUUUCUUCCUAUCAUAGUUAUUUAUUAUUAUUAAUUUUUAAUCAAUCAAUCAAUCAAUCAAUCUAAACUCCAUAUACUUUUAUUUAAUUUAUUUCAUAUUUUCUUUCAUUUGAAAUGAGAUGAGGCCGAUUCAGCUUCCACCACCAACCUCCACCGGUUCAGCCACCGCUUCCGGUUCACCAAACAACAACAACAGCCGCCCUCAACGCCGCCGCAGAGAUCACCUAACUCUACCGCUUCCUCAGCGUGACACUAACCUCGCUGUUCCACUUCCGCUGCCACCAUCUGGUGGCAGCGGUGGUGGAGGAAACGGAAGCGGUAGCGGAAGCGGAGGAGCAAGUCAACAGCUAGUGAUUCCGUUUUCCGAGCUAGAAAGAUUGAACCGGAUCGGAAGUGGAAGUGGAGGAACGGUUUACAAAGUAGUUCACAGAAUCAACGGUCGUGCUUAUGCUUUGAAGGUGAUAUACGGACAUCACGAGGAAUCAGUUCGUCGUCAGAUCCAUCGUGAAAUCCAGAUCUUGCGUGAUGUUGAUGAUGUUAACGUCGUCAAGUGUCAUGAGAUGUACGAUCACAACGCUGAGAUUCAGGUUUUGCUUGAAUACAUGGACGGUGGAUCUCUCGAAGGGAAACAUAUUCCGCAGGAAAAUCAACUUGCUGACGUGGCACGUCAGAUCCUCCGUGGACUCGCGUAUCUCCACCGUCGUCACAUCGUUCAUCGUGAUAUCAAACCGUCGAAUCUCUUGAUAAAUUCACGGAAACAGGUGAAGAUUGCUGAUUUUGGUGUAGGAAGAAUUCUGAAUCAAACGAUGGAUCCGUGUAAUUCAUCGGUAGGAACAAUUGCUUACAUGUCACCGGAGAGGAUAAACACCGAUAUCAACGAUGGACAAUAUGAUGCAUACGCAGGUGAUAUAUGGAGUUUAGGUGUGAGUAUAUUGGAGUUUUAUAUGGGAAGGUUUCCAUUUGCGGUUGGUAGACAAGGUGAUUGGGCGAGUUUGAUGUGUGCAAUUUGUAUGUCACAACCACCAGAAGCUCCAACGACUGCUUCACCGGAGUUCAGGGAUUUCGUUUCUAGGUGUUUGCAGAGAGAUCCGUCGAGGAGAUGGACUGCUUCGAGGUUGCUUUCACAUCCUUUUCUUGUGAGAAAUGGUUCUAAUCAUAAUCAGAGUCCUCCAAAUAUGCAUCAGUUACUUCCUCCACCACCAAGAUCACAAUCUUCUUAGUUCGUCAAUGUAAUUUUUGUUGUUUUUUUUACUUUUAAUUAUUUUUAUUACUAUUUUCAAAAGAUGUUGAAGAAGAACUGAAUUGGUAGCAUCAGAUGCUGAUUGAAGAUUGCUGAUUUCAAUCACUAUUACAUGAAUCUAGAACUUUUAUUUUUGGUUAUCUCUAUUAUUAUAAAUGUUAUUAUGAAUGAAUGUAACAAAAUGUAAUCCAAUGCUUAUGCUUCCUUUAUUUGCUUAAAAUUA